UUAGUAUGAAGAUCGUCGCAGCUAUUAUAGCGCUGCUGCCUUGGGUUAAUCUUGGAAAUGGACAAUCAGCUGUAUCAUUCCUAGAACCGAAUUGCGGCAUUUCGAUCUCAGGAUCGCGUCGUUGGAGAACCAGGGUAAUCGGCGGUGAGACAGCAGACAUGUUCGGAAACCCAUGGAUGGUCUUGAUAGAAAACAGCAUUUCGUGUGGUGGCACGCUUAUCACAAACCGUUUUGUGCUUACUGCAGCACAUUGCAUAAGGAACAGACCAACUAUGGUAUACCUAGGGGAGUAUGAUAGGUCGAGCGCCCCCGAUUGUUCUAGAAGAGGUUACCUUCCGAGAGCCAUUGGAAUUCCCGUGGAUGCUCAAAUAGCUCACCCUAGGUAUGUUCAUCACUCCCGGGAUGAUAUAGCUCUGUUUCGACUGGCCAGGCCGGUGCAGUAUACGGACUACAUAAGGCCAAUCUGCCUGGUGACUAACAACAAUCCCCUGCCGCAAAUCAGGACAUUAACUGCCACUGGCUGGGGUGAAACGGAAUUCGGAACCGAAAGCAAUGUCUUAAAGACCACCACCUUGACGCAAGUGGAUCGAAGGUAUUGCUCUGCUUUAUACGGUCGUGUGGAUAUGUCGCAUAUUUGUGCCGGGGACUUAUCUACGCAUGUUUGCCGUGGGGACUCCGGAGGACCAGUCUCCAGUAUUUUCAGGGUAAACGGCAAAAGCCGCGUUAUUCAGCUCGGAAUUGUCAGCUAUGGAGAUCUGGAGUGCAGACAGUGGUCGGUCUUUACGAAUGUAAUGCACCAUAUGAACUGGAUCGUAGACACCGUACGACGAAGGCAAAGAACAAGUCACGGUAACAGUCUUUCUUCCUAAAUAAAUGAUGGUAUAUUGAAUUAUUAGAUUUAUAAAGUUUUUGUUGAUACCAGUGAGCAAUGAUUUAAAAACUCUUGUGUCAUAGUACACUUAACUUUAAGUGAGGUAAAACUGUUACUGAACGUACACAAUAUUGAACUAUUUUACUCUGCUCAAACGUUUGGAAGAUAAACCCCAACUCCUCUAAAACCUGAAUGAUAAAGAUCACAUUUGUUGCAAUUACUAAA